AGUGUUAGGUAUCUCAGUUACUUGUCAGAAAGUGCAAAAUUUCCUUGUUUUCAGUUUUUCCUUAAAUGUAAACAUUUACAGGAAUGGCGUAUAACUCACCAGUUCCUAUGGAUGUAAUGGGAACUUUAGUAAAGUUUAAUUCCCAGACAGCGGGAAGAGAGAAGCUCUUGAGAUUAAUUCAGUAUGGAACAAGAAUGUUAUGGGCCUUGAUGGAAAAAUACUCCCAUGAAAAGGAAGUGGUCUUUAGAUUACAGAACUUGGAAUACACUUUCAGCACAGCUAGGAAAAUAUUUCGAUUUGGCCGAAGCCUUGAUGUCUUUUACAGUGCACUAACAGCAAUUAACAUUCCUGAUUUGACAUUGCGUUUAACGAUCACACUUUCUCGAAUCAAUUCAGCACUGUAUCUACUAGCAGAUCAUAUAUUAUGGAUUGGGCAUGCAGGAAUUGUUGAUGUCAAUAAAGAUAAAUGGUCCGCAUUGAGCAAUAAAUUUUGGUUAUAUUCUUUGGUUAUGAACUUAAUAAGAGAUGCUUAUGAGAUCAAAAGCUUACUACAAAUCCAAGUCUCCAGAAAUUAUGUUGAGAACAAGGAAAUGCUUCUUCUUUCACAACCUAGAAAUCCAUUUAGUUCCCUCAUACAGUGGAUGAUAUAUCAUCGACCAGUAACAGUUGAGCUAAUAAAGAAUGGGUGUGAUUUUUGGAUCCCACUGUCCAACUUAAAGAUUGUGAAAAUUUCACCAGUAACUGUAGGACUAUUAGGAUUUAUAUCGUCAUUAGCAGGAAUAUUACAGAUUAUUAACACAUCCUACAAACUCACAACAAGCUGAAGUUGUUCUGAUAACUUCUAUUUGGUAGAAUUGGUUUUGUUUUCAGUUUUAUAAUUUUGUAGAAAAAUGUUGAAUCUAUUGUUUGUUAUCUCAAGAUAAAAAUAAACGUAUUUUGUGUAUA